AUGGCACCUUAUGAAGCUCUAUAUGGAAGACCAUGUCGUUCCCCCGUAUGCUGGGCUGAUGUAGGGGAUAGGGCAUUGUUGGGUCCUGAAAUUGUGCAAUUAACAACUGAAAAGGUUAAAAUUAUCCGGGAGAGGUUGAAAACGGCACAAAGUAGGCAGAAGAGCUAUGCAGAUAACAGACGAAGGGAUUUGGAAUUUGAAGGGGGUAGUUAUGUGUUCAUGAAAGUCACCCCGCUAAAGGGGCAUCCGAGAUUUGGGAAAAAGGGUAAAUUAACACCCCGGUUUGUUGGCCUUUUCCAAAUUCUAGAAAGAGUGGGUCUGGUAGCUUACCGAGUGGCUCUUCCGCCAAGUAUGAGUCAAGUACAUAAUGUGUUUCAUGUUUCCAUGCAUCGAGGAUACCUAUCAGAUCCAUCUCAUGUCAUAGACUAUCGUCAACUUGUGCUAGAUGAUAAAUUAACCUAUGAAGAGAGACCACUUCGAAUUUUGGAGCAACAAGUAAAGCAAUUGCGCAAUCGGGAAAUUCCAAUGGUAAAGGUAGAAUGGCAAGAACACUAUGGCACCGAAGCUACUUGGGAAAAAGAAGAGGAUAUGCAGCAACAGUAUCCAUAUCUGUUUCCGUUUUGA